CUCGCCCCUCCCUGAUCAAUGAGGGCUUAUUUAAAUGAUCUCUGAGGUCUUGGACCCAGGCCAAUCAGCUGUCAGGGCUCAUGAUAAAUCGCAAUGCAUUAUUGAUAAUAAUAAUUACUGGGACAUGCGCGUUCCGGCCGAAGGGGGGUAAAAUUUCCCAACUCCAGGAAUUGGUGGCAAGUCACCAGGGGCUCUUCCCGGCGCCCCGAUGCGCGCACCAUGUCGAGGCGCAAGCAGGCGAAGCCCCAGCACAUCAACUCGGAGGAGGGCCAGGGCGAGCAGCCGCUGCAGCAGCCGAGUCCCGACCUCGCAGAGGCGCCGGCGGCGGAGGAACCGGGUGCUCCAGUGAACUCCCUAGGGAAUGGCGACGGAGUGACAGAGGCCGCGGUCCCGGUCCCGGUGAAGCGCCUCCGGCGGGAGGAGACUCACAUCUGUGAGAAGUGCUGUGCUGAGUUCUUCAGUCUCUCUGAGUUCAUGGAACACAAUAAAAGUUGCCCUAAAAAUCCUCCCGUCCUCAUCAUGAAUGACAGUGAGGGGCCAGUGCCUUCAGAGGACUUCCCCAGAGCUGUCCUCAGCCACCAUCCGGACAGCCCAAGCAAUAAGGACAGUCCCCAGGACGGCAGCAGCAGCAGCUCAGGGGACUUGAAGGAAAAGCUGGGCACAGACUCCAUCCUGUACUUAAAGACAGAGCCCACUCUGCCCACCACACCCCAGGACAUAAGCUACUUACCCAAAGGCAAAGUGGCCAACACCAAUGUGACUCUGCAGGCGCUCCGCGGCACCAAGGUGGCGGUGAACCAGCGGAGUGCGGAUGCCCCUGCAGCGCCUGUCCCGGUUGCCCACAGCAUCCCGUGGGUCCUGGAGCAGAUCCUGUGUCUGCAGCAGCAGCAGCUCCAGCAGAUCCAGCUCACAGAACAAAUCCGUAUCCAGGUGAACAUGUGGGCUGCGCACGCCCUCCACUCUGGAGUGGCCGGUGCCGACACUCUGAAGGCCUUAAGCAACCAUGUGUCUCAGCAGGUGUCCGUAUCCCAGCAGGUGUCCGCAGCUGUGGCCCUGCUCAGCCAGAAAUCCUCAAACCCGGCUCUGUCUCUAGAUGCCUUGAAACCAGCCAAACUACCUCAUGCCAGUGUCCCCUCUACAGCAAACUCGUUGUCUCCGGGGUUUACGCCCUUCACCUUGAAGCCUGAUGGGACUCGGGUUCUCCCCAACUUCAUGUCUCGUCUCCCAAGUGCCCUGCUACCUCAGACCCCGGGCUCUGUGCUUCUUCAGAGUCCCUUCUCAACCGUGGCACUCGAUCCAUCCAAGAAAGGAAAGGGGAAGCCCCCAAACAUCUCCGCGGCUGCGUUGGAUGUCAAGGCCAAGGACGAGGCCAUCCUCGGCAAACACAAGUGUAAGUACUGUAGCAAGGUUUUCGGGACCGAUAGUUCCCUGCAGAUCCACCUCCGCUCCCACACCGGAGAGAGACCUUACGUGUGCUCUGUCUGUGGUCACCGAUUCACCACCAAGGGCAACCUCAAGGUACAUUUCCACCGACACCCUCAGGUGAAGGCAAACCCCCAGCUGUUUGCCGAAUUCCAGGACAAAGUGGCGGGAGGCACCGGCGCCCCCUAUUCACUCUCUGUCCCCAUCCCUGUAGAUGAAUCGAGUCUGUCUGUAGACACUGAACCUGUCCAUGUCACAGGAACCCCUUCCAUAGGGCUACCUCAAAAGCUCACUUCAGGGCCUAACCCCAAGGACCUCAUGGGUGGCUCCCUGCCCAACGACAUGCAGCCAGGGCCUUCUCCAGAAAAUGAGGUGGGACUUCCACUACUUGGGGUGGGGCUGGUGCAUAAUCCCCCAAGGGUUGGGGUCUUCCAGGGGAGUGGGACCCCAGAGCCAGGAUCGGAGACUCUGAAAUUGCAGCAGCUUGUGGAGAACAUUGACAAGGCCACUACCGACCCCAACGAGUGUCUCGUUUGUCACCGAGUGCUCAGCUGUCAGAGUUCCCUCAAGAUGCAUUACCGUACCCACACAGGGGAGAGACCGUUCCAAUGCAAGAUCUGUGGCCGGGCCUUCUCCACCAAAGGCAAUCUGAAGACGCACCUUGGGGUGCACCGGACCAACACCGCCGUAAAAACGCAACACUCGUGUCCCAUCUGCCAGAAGAAGUUCACCAAUGCCGUCAUGUUACAGCAACAUAUCCGGAUGCACAUGGGUGGCCAGAUCCCUAACACGCCCCUGCCGGAGAGUCCCUGCGACUUUACAGGUCCUGAGCCCAUGGCCAUUAGUGAGAACGGCGGUGCCAAUGCCGUCUGCCAGGAAGACAUGGUGGAAAGGGUUGAAGCAGAUGGCAUCUGUCCCCAGGAUGGACCCAGUAUCUCUUCAAAGGUCUCCACGUCCGUUCCCAGUACCCACCUGGUGUCACCCAUUCUGGGCUUUUCUGUGAUGGCUCCCCUGGACGCCCAGGGAAAGGGGACUCCUCACCCUCUGGGCCUGCAGAGGCAGAGCAGCCGGGAAAACGGCUUGGUGGAGAGCGACAACUGCCUGACCAAUGACUCGUCCUCGUUCCUGGGUGACCAGGAGUGCCAGAGCCGAAGCCCAGAUACCACGGAGACCAUGUGCUUCCAGGCCGUGUCCCCUGCCGGUAGCCAAGCCGAGAGCGUCAAGUCCCGGUCUCCUGAGGUGAACAAGGCUGAGGGCGUCGAGAGCGGCCGCAUUGACGUGGAAGGUCGUACCAGCAUCCCGUCAACAUUUAUCCGAGCACAGCCCACCUAUGUCAAAGUUGAAGUUCCUGGCACCUUUGUGGGACCCUCUAGCUUGUCCUCAGGCAUGACGCCUUUGCUAGCGGCCCAGCCACGCCGACAGGCCAAGCAACACUGCUGUACCCGGUGUGGAAAGAACUUCUCAUCUGCCAGUGCUCUCCAGAUCCAUGAGCGCACGCACACGGGAGAAAAGCCUUUUGUCUGCAACAUAUGUGGGCGAGCCUUCACUACUAAAGGCAACCUGAAGGUACACUACACGACACACGGGGCUAACAAUAACUCCGCCCGGCGUGGCAGGAAGCUGGCCAUAGAGAACACUGUGGCUGUGCUAGGAGCAGAAGGCAAGAGAGUGUCUGAGAUGUUUCCCAAGGAACUCCUGUCCCCCACCGUGAGUGUCGACCCUGCCACGUGGAACCAGUAUACCAGCGUCCUCAAUGGGGGCCUGGCCAUGAAGACCAAUGAGAUCUCUGUGAUCCAGAGCGGAGGCAUCCCCACCCUGCCAGUGUCCCUGGGGGCCAGCUCCGUGGUGAGCAGCGCCACACUUUCCAAGCUCGAUGGCUCUCAGUCUGCUGUGAGUGGGAACGUGGAGAAGCCUGCUGCUGUUCCCGAUGGUGUGGCCAAGCACCAGUUCCCCCACUUCCUGGAAGAAAACAAGAUCGCAGUCAGCUAAGGCCAAAGAGGGGAGUAGCUGGAGUGAGAUCUGCUUCCUUGUUUAGUUUUCUUACCGUCUUCUGCUUUUUCUCUUCCUGAUAUGCAAGUGAUGUUUACACUUGUGACCAUAGCCUUGGGCAGUUCUAAGGUCUUAAUUGUUGCUAUGCUGCUUUCCAAAAAAUCAAAAUAAAACAAAAGAAAAAAAGAAGAAAAAAAAGAAAGAAAGUUGAAAAACAGAACUAAAAAAAAGGACUUAAGUUUUGGGAUAGAAGCGGGUUUGAAGAGUAGCUUUGUUACUUGGGAUAAACUGUAUACUGGAGGCUUUGUGUGACCUCGUGGCUGUUUCCAAAGACUGCACCUGUUUCAAAGUGAAACAGUUGGGACAAAUUGGACCACAGUGGAAGCGAUUACUUACCUCAGUCCAGGGGUAAGGGUGCUGUGUGCUUCCAUGGUGACUAAUGCGGGUAAAUGGACACAUUUGUAGGGACCCUGUGUUCAUCUUCUGUUGUUGAAUGUACUUUAAGAGAAAGAAAUGAAACCUCAGAAAAACUAAGGUGGUCCAAUUAGCCCACUUGCUCCAACCUGAGAACCUCUGUAGGAUGCCCUCCACACACUGACCCUGGUCCCCAGGGAGCCCACCUCUUACCCUGAUGCUUAUUUAAACCGGUUUGGAGUCCCAAGAGCACCACCUGCUCCCCCCUUCUCCCACAAACCACCUUCUCCCCAGACCCUGGAGUGGCCGGGCACCAGAGAGGGGAACCUCAGGUGACUUCGGGUGGUUCUACCGUGCCCCACUGCAUUGCCGAAGUUCUUCGUGUUCCUUCUUAGGGGCAAACUGACCAGGGCCAGUCUCCUCCCCGCUCCACCGGGCCUCUUCUGUUGUUACUUCAGUUUCCUUAUCCCAAGUCUGGGAGGUUUCCACGUCACCCACCCUCUGCCAUGAUGAAGGUUAGUUAUAUCAUAGAGAUAGGCAAGUCUUGGGUGUGAGGGCUUUAAUUUAUCUACCUCAUUUAUUUUUAUUUUUAUAGCCCAAAAGUAAAAAAAAAAAAAAAAGUCUAUUUUGCUAUUUUGUGACCGCAAAGUAUUCCCAGGUCUUAAACCUAAGAGUUAAUGUGGUGAGAAGGGCCAGUUGUUCAUUCAAGAUGUCUCCAUGGUUGGUUCUGGGCUUUUUUUUUAAUUAUUAUUAUUAUUAUUAUAUUUUUGUACAUGUAAUAAUUUUGAGCAGCUGUUGUAACAGUGUUCGGAUGGUUUAAUGAGGAAGGAGGGACUUAAUCUCUCUAGCUCCUGGGUAGAUUUCUCCCUGCCCUGUGAAAUGCCAUUGCCAAAAUGAGGGCGGAGCCUCGUCCGCCAGUCUCCUGCCCAUUCUUUGUUCUUGCACCUGAUUUAGGAUCCAAAACUUUUUUUUUUUUUUUUUUUUUUUGCCAAGUUGUGCCUUUCCUUCUGGGAUUGUAAGUGACCUAGUGACAAAAGUGGUCGCUGGUUCGCUUGUUCAGCUGUUUACACUGUGAAGUGGAUAUUGUUACAGAGAACACACCAGCCAUGGCUUUUCUCACACCCUGUGAAUGAAUGUGUGAACUACGCUGUAGUUUUACCUGCUGAUGCUGUCUGUCCGAAAAUAAAUUUUGAAUGUUUUUUUUUUU